CAACCAGCAAGCAACAAAGCGACCAAAGCAGCAGCCGUUGCUUUCAUCUCCGCCACUACCGCUGCCGUUGUUGUUGUUGUUGAUCAUCGCUUGAUCCCAUCCCCCAAUUCAACCCAAGUUCAACCCUAAUUCAAACCCCUCUGUUCCCCCCUGUCCAGCUCUUUUGACAAUGCCACGACGCCAGAAUGUCGGGGUACAAGUUGGAGCGCCCGUGGUUCCCGUGCUGCAGGGCUUGAGCCGUCUGGCGGACGCGGCGUUGCGGGAGACCAAGUCACUGAGCGCAGACCUGCGGCAUGUGCGCGGUGCCCUGCUGGCGCACAUCAACGACGUUGCAGACAAGACGCGCACGCAGCUGCGAACGGAGUUUGAGGAGUUGGCAACUACGUUUAAGCAGCAGGCCAAGCGAGAGGCCGAGCGCGGAUACAUUGCCGUCAAGACAACCGCGCAGGAGGCUGCAGAGACGGCAGUUGCACAGCUGCGUCUCGAACACGAGAAGGAGCUGCAGAGCAUCAAGAACGAGAUGGACCAGCUUCAGCGGGAGUUCAAGCAGGACUUGGACGGGUGGCAGCGGCAGUGCUACUACUACAAGACGUCCGAGGCGACGCUGCGGCGCGAGGUGGAUGCCCUGCGAAUGGCAAUGCCAAAGAGCGCAACACACGCGCAGCGCAUCGUCGCCAGCCCGCGCGCCCUGCAGGUGCACGACGACGCGAAGCUGCUGGAGGAGAUGCACGAGAAGGAGGUUGAUCUUGAGAGCGCGCGACGCGAGGUGAAGACGCUGUCACUCGAGAAAAAGCGGCUUGAGUUCCUGCUGCGCGUCGUUCGCGCCAAAGCGAGCGAGCAGCUGCAACAGGCCGCCGUCAGGAAAAAGCAUCUCAAGCACGAGCUGGACCAGACCAGGGAAUCGCUCAAACACACGCAGGACCUCAUGCUCUCGGGGGUGAGGCCGCAAAGGUGCCGAGCAAGCGCUGCGAGAGGCCAUUGA